AUGUUUGAAUGCCGCGCGUGUAUCCGUCGCGCAGUCCGUGCCAUAGCCAGAGAUGCACUGGAUGCGCAGACGAUACACCGACCGCUCAUCUCGGCGCCUCGACUCGCAGCUCGUCGCCCACGAAGACGACUCGCCACAGCAGCGAUUCCUACACAGCACGACGGCGAUGCCUUGGGACCCCUCAUCGAAUCAGCCAUCUCGAGCCAUACUCCCCGACACAGCGCCCGACCGAAGAAGGAGGAAAACGCCCUCACGCCGGCCGAAGAGAAAGCGCUUCGGACGGAGGUGCUGUGGCUGAAGGACCCCAUGAAGCUCGCCGACCAUGUCCACUAUACCCUGCGGAACAACCAACGCGACAAGGCUCUCAAUCUCUGCCGCAUUGCGAGUAAGAGUCAGCAUUGUACCGUAGCUUGGAACCACACCAUCGAUUGGCAUGUUAAGCAGGGCAGAUACACCGCCGCCAUCGACAUAUUCAACGAGAUGAAGAAGCGUGCACAGCAUCCCGAUAGCUACACUUACAUGCUGCUGCUCCGCAGCUUCCCACAAACUCGACUUGAUCCAGGCGAGCAGUUCCCCAAGCACAUGUGUAGCAAGGCGCUCAACAUCUACAACAGCAUGAACGCGGAGAACAGCACGGUCCAGCCGAGCAUCAUGCACACAAAUGCCAUGUUGCGGGUAUGCGGCUUGGCAGGAGACAUGGACGCGCUAUGGGCUGUGGCAAGUCAGAUUCCCGAAUCAGGACCCCGUGCUGCCGACUACAUAACAUACUCCACCCUGAUCGGUGCCAUACGUCACGGAGCCACAGCACAAGACGGCAAGGGAAACAUACCUGCAAGAGAUUAUGCGCAGAAGAUGCGGAAAGCCGUCAAUGAAGGACGAAGCAUCUGGCAAGAAGUUGUGACAAAGUGGAGAGGAGGUGAGAUUACCAUCGACGAGAAGCUCGUGCUCGAAAUGGCCAACUUGCUCCUCAUCAGCAGGAGCAUGAAGGAUUGGGAUGAUGUCUUGUCUCUUGUUCAACAGACUACCAAGAUCGAGAGACUGAUCCCGCCUGUCGGAUCGCCGGAACGAAUGACAGGCCACGUUCCUCGAGAAGCGGAAACGGCUGUUGUGGAGGACUCCGACGGCUGGGUAGACUCAGUAAUCAGCUCCUUCAAACCCGUGACAGGUCCAACGAAGGAUCCGGAGAAUCCGAGGAAGAGUGCAUCCAUGGCUUGGGUGCAGCCUGGCAACAAGUUACUUAGCGUCGUCCUCGACGCCUGCCUUAAAAUGCGCACCCCAAAGGCGGCUCAAGCAUAUUGGGACGAGUUCACUUCCAGACAAAACGUCCAGCCUGACCUCGACAACUUUCACACUAUGCUGCGAAUCCUCAACCUCAAUCGUAGCUCCAAGAAGGCCGUGGAAGUGGUCCAGCAAAUGCACAACUCUGGUGUCGAAGCCCGACCCAUCACCUACCGCCUCGGCAUGUCCGCCUGUCAGCGAGACUGGAAGAACACCCACAUUAUGGAGAACGCCACCGCUUUGAUCGACGACAUGCAGCAGCAUCUCUCCUACCCGGAUGUCAAAACUCUCGAAAGCUAUCUUGCCCUCGCCCUUCAAACUCGCGAUAGCAAGAAAGUUGUCCGCGCAAUUGAUCGCAUGGACCCUAUGGUGCACCUCUUGCGAUCGCGCAUAACCUAUGGCACUGAAGGUGUAUAUACAUCGAUCAACGCCCACAUCGCCGAGAAGGAAUCAGCACUUCGCUUCAUCAAGACCAUGAUCGGCACCAUCGACACCUUGAAGAACCGUAGUCUCGUCCCGGAAAAGGACUUUGCACAUUGGGAAGCUCGGCGGAGUCAACUCCAAGGUUUUGUUGGGAGAUCCGCCAACAGCGUGCAAGAUCAGAGGGAAAGGUGGGAGAAGAAGCAUGGAGAGGGGGAGAGUGUUGGAACGUCGAAGAAAGGUCCAGUAAGGAGGGUUGAGCCGAGAAAGCCCUGGCAAGAGAGCAGGCCAUUCAGGAUGGGCCCGCACAAGUGGGCGGAGAAGCAGUUGAGGGUAUUUCAGGAGAGGCCUAUGAGGGGUUCUGACGAGGGUGCUGGGUAG